AUGGUCUCCAUGUUCAUAUCGAGGUUUCUUAUUUUGACUUGUGGUACGCUAUAUCCGGCGUAUCGGUCGUAUAAAGCCGUGAAAUCGAAAAAUGUUCGAGAGUACGUCAAGUGGAUGAUGUAUUGGAUCGUGUUUGCGCUAUUUCUGUGUGCCGAAUCUCUGGGAGACAUUUUUCUUGCCUUCUGGUUCCCGCUGUACUAUGAGAUGAAGAUUCUGUUCGUCGUGUGGUUGCUUUCGCCGUACACAAAAGGUGCGUCGUUGCUCUACCGGAAAUUCAUCCACCCGACCCUGGUACGUCACGAAGAAGAAAUUGACCAGUACCUUGAUCGAGCAAAGAGGGACAGCUACCGGGCGCUGGUCAAGGUCGGCAGUAGGAGCAUCAUGUACGCUCGAGACGUGGUCGCCACGGCCGCUUUCAAAGGUCAAGCGCAGUUGGUCAAUCAGCUGAGAAAAAGCUGUAGCCUUGGCGACGUUUAUGCGACGAGUGAUGCUCAGUUGGUGUUUCAGGACGUGAGCGACGGGGACUUUGCCCCGGCGCGGCGGCGCAACGAUGACGUCGAUGAUCGUCCGACAGCCAACUACAAGGAGCAGGGAGAGGAGUUUUACGACGAGGAAGACGGAACACAACUGAUCGACAAAGAGUUUCAGUACCUUUACGAGGCGUCCGAGGAGGAGGCCGGUGCAGCAGGGGUCAAGAAACGACAGCCGCCAGAUGGGGGCGCUACCAGAACGAGGCGAGCGACGAAGAAAGCCACAUCAGGGGCAGCUACUCUGCCUCGCCGUGCGUCCAAAGCUAACAAAGCGAGUUGA